GACCGAAAGAGACUGUGUAUGUACCUGUACAUUAAUCUGUCUAACUGCGCGUCCCGUUCAGCUAUCUAUCGACGGAGGGCAUUAGAUAACCAAAGGACUCGACCGACCCGGAGCAGCAAGGUCAAAUACUCAAUUUUCCGUUGAAAUGAAGGUGAAUUACAGCUACCACAACAACGCGGUGCGUGUGUGCAUGAUGAGCGGCUGAGGAGGAAGAGGAGGAGGAGGAAAAGGAGGCUGCGGUCUGAAACCAGAUUUUAUCCUGGAUAUUUCGAAACAAACGUCGUGUCAUUCACGCAAGGGGGUUGUGUAUUAAUUUAAUAUGUCAUUGUACGCCCCAGACCGUCUCUUUGCAUCCCAAUUUUAACGGGGUCUGACCCGUUUUCUGCCCCCUGAGGAUCCUUCAGCAGCGGGACGUUGAACGUUUUUUCCUCCAGAUAUGGAGUGUGAAGAUGCGGAUUACAGAGGAAUCCCCGCCGCUGGUUUAGCCGCAUUGGUUUCAUUAAACACGUCAAUGCGGUGUUGUUUUUGGCAGGAAUAAACAGAACUAUGAAUACACAUUUUCUGGCCAGAGGAAUAAAUCGGUGAUUUUUGGAGCACGACAGGACUCCCAUUAGGAAACGUGAGAGAGCUAUCCUGCUAGUAAUAACGUUAGCUUUUAGCUCCUUUAGCCGGCUAACAGCUAAAAGGUGCUGGCUGGAGAUUAAAAAAGCGUUUUAAUAAUUCUGACCAGGUUUUGCCCACGUUUUCUUCCCCCAGCAUAUUUAUUUACAGGAUUUGGGAGGAUUUAGUUAUCCAGGAAUGAGGUCUCGAACGGAAAGGAACCGCUUGACCUUGUUUUGGGGUCUGAUGCUGGGUCUGUCGUCCUGCCUCCGGCCCGCCACCGCAGAGAUCUGUGGUCCCAGCAUCGACAUUGGCAACGACAUCAGUGAAUUCAGGCGUUUAGAGAACUGUACGGUGGUGGAGGGCUACUUGCAGAUUCUCCUCAUUGGUGACAAAAACAACAAUGUCAACCAGGAAGUCUUCCGCUCCCUCAGCUUCCCCAAGUUGACCAUGAUCACUGACUAUCUGCUGUUAUUUCGGGUCUCAGGCUUAGACAGUCUGAGCACGCUCUUUCCCAACCUCACCGUCAUCCGUGGACGUAACCUCUUCUACAACUACGCGCUGGUAAUCUUUGAGAUGACCAGCCUGAAGGACAUUGGCCUGUACAACCUGAGGAACAUCACCCGUGGCUCCAUCCGCAUUGAGAAGAACCCUGAGCUGUGCUACCUGGACUCCAUAGACUGGUCCCUCAUCAUGGACGCGGAGUUCAACAAUUACAUUGCCGGGAACAAGCAGUCCAAGGAGUGCAGUGAUGUUUGUCCGGGGAUCAUGGAGAACAACCCUCAGUGCAGAAAGACCAUGUUCAACAACAACUACAUCUACCGCUGCUGGAAUUCAAAUCAAUGCCAGAAAGAGUGCCCUGAGAAGUGUGGACGGCGAGCGUGCACAGCGGACGGCGAGUGCUGUCACCCUCAGUGUCUAGGCAGCUGCACAGUCCCCGGUAGUGACACAGCAUGUGCUGCAUGCGUACAUUACUACCACCAAGGGCACUGCGUGGCCGACUGCCCUCCCGGUACCUACAAGUUCGAGGGCUGGCGCUGCAUCAGUGCCGAGCUUUGCUCCAAAGUCCACCUCCCCGAAUUCGACAGCUUCAUCAUCCACGGUGGAGAGUGCAUGCCGGAUUGCCCAUCUGGGUACACGCGCACCGCACCCAACAGUAUGUUCUGCACAGCCUGUGAUGGUCUCUGUGAUAAAGUGUGUGAGGAGAAGGUCAUCGACUCCGUGGACGCUGCUCAGUCUCUCAAAGGCUGCACUGUUAUCAAAGGCAACCUGCAUAUCAACAUCCGCAGAGGCCACAACAUGGUGGCAGAGCUGGAGAGUUUCACUGGUUUGAUCCAGAGGGUGACGGGUUAUGUGCGGAUCAGACACUCCCACACUCUGAGCUCCCUGGCCUUCCUCCGCAGCCUCAGAUACAUCGAUGGAGAAGACCUACUGGACGACAUGUAUGCCUUCUCAGCUUUCGACAACCAGCAGCUCCAGUAUCUUUGGGACUGGAAGCAGCACAAUCUCACCAUCAAAACAGGAAAGCUGUUCUUCAGAGCCAACCCAAAGCUCUGCAUGUCAGAGAUCCGCAACAUGUGGGAAAAGACGGGCACCCAGGGCCGCUUUGAUGAGAGCGAUUUCCGAAACAACGGCGACCGAGCCAGCUGUGAAAGCACUAUCCUGAAGUUUACAUCCAACAACACCAGCAGCACAAGGAUCAAACUGACCUGGGAACGCUACCGACCCCCCGACUACAGAGACCUCAUCAGUUUUAUCGUCUACUACAAGGAGGCACCAUACCAGAACAUCACAGAGUUCGAGGGGCAGGAUGGCUGUGGCUCCAACAGUUGGAACAUGGUGGAUGUGGAGCUGAGGCCGGAAAAGGACUCAGACCCCGGAGUCCUCCUGUCCAGCCUUAAACCCUGGACGCAGUACGCUAUCUUUGUCAAAGCUAUCACACUGAUGGUGGAGGACAAACAUAUGCCGAGUGCCAAGAGCAAGGUGGUCUACAUCCGCACGAGCCCCUCAGCGCCCUCCAUGCCUCAGGAUGUGCGAGCAUACUCUAACUCCUCCACACAGCUGGUGGUGCGUUGGUCGCCCCCUAUCUCACCAAAUGGAAACCAGACUUACUACCUUGUCAGAUGGCAGCAACAAGCUGAAGACAAGGAGCUGUACCAGCACGACUACUGCUCCAAAGAGCUGAAGAUCCCCAUAAGGAUUGCUGCCAUAGGUGUGGGAGACCAGGAAGAGGACACCAAGCCCACUAAGCCAGAUCUUGAGGGGGCAGAUAAGGGUCCCUGUUGCCCCUGCCCCAAGUCAGUGGAGGACCUGGAGGCAGAAGCUGCCGACGCCUCCUACCGAAAAGUCUUUGAAAACUUUCUGCACAACUCAAUUUUUACACCAAGGCCACCAGAUCGUCGUCGUAGAGAUCUCUUUGGUGUCGCCAACUCCACUCACUCCCGCCGCAACCGUCUGCACACCAACAGCAGCACUGUUCCUCCUCUCCAAGCCGCUGGUAACAGCAGCACCAUUGCUGACCUGGAGCCAGCAGAGAGAGAAUUUGAGUUCGUGGAGCAAUCUGUGACGGAGCGUGAGCUGCAGAUCUCUGGCCUGCAGCCGUUCACGGUUUACCGCAUCGACAUUCACGCCUGUAAUCGACAGGUCCAGCGUUGCAGCGCGGCAGAGUUUGUCUUUUCCAGAACCAAGCCUGCAGAUAAGGCUGAUGAUAUACCGGGCCAGGUGACCUGGGAGGGUCAUGAAGACUGGGUUUUUCUGCGCUGGCCAGAGCCACCUCACCCCAACGGACUCAUCCUCAUGUACGAGAUCAAGUUUAAACAGGCUGCUGAGACCGAGAAGCACGAGUGUGUCUCUGGUCAGAUGUAUCAGACCCAGCGUGGCGUUCGGCUUUCUAACCUCAGUCCAGGAAACUACUCAGUCAGAGUGAGAGCCACAUCACUGGCUGGCAACGGCUCCUGGACACACACUCUGCAUCUCUAUGUGACUGAACGAUAUGAAAACGUCCUCUAUGCUAUGAUCUUUGUUCCCAUCGCCAUCAUCCUCUUCAUCUGCCUUCUGGUCACACUGCUGGUGGUCCUCAACAGGAAAAGGAACAGCGACCGUCUUGGAAACGGAGUCCUGUAUGCCUCAGUUAACCCAGAGUACUUCAGUGCAGCAGAAAUGUAUGUACCAGAUGAGUGGGAGGUGGCACGGGAGAAGAUCUCUCUGAGCCGUGAGCUUGGCCAGGGGUCGUUUGGCAUGGUGUACGAGGGCUUGGCAAAGGGCGUGGUCAAAGAUGAACCAGAGACACGCGUCGCCAUAAAGACUGUCAACGAGUCGGCCAGCAUGAGGGAGAGAAUAGAGUUUCUCAAUGAAGCCUCUGUCAUGAAGGAGUUUAACUGUCACCAUGUGGUUCGUCUCCUGGGGGUGGUCUCUCAGGGUCAGCCCACCUUGGUCAUCAUGGAGCUGAUGACACGAGGAGAUCUGAAGAGUUAUUUACGCUCCCUCCGACCUAAAGAGCAGCAGUGGUCGAGCCUGUCUCUCCCUCCCCUGAAAAAGAUGCUUCAGAUGGCCGGGCAGAUCGCUGACGGCAUGGCUUACCUCAACGCCAACAAGUUUGUCCACAGAGAUCUGGCAGCCAGGAACUGCAUGGUGGCCGAGGACUUCACUGUUAAGAUAGGAGAUUUCGGCAUGACCAGAGAUAUCUAUGAGACAGAUUACUACCGCAAAGGUGGCAAGGGUUUGCUCCCUGUCCGUUGGAUGUCUCCCGAAUCCCUGAAGGACGGAGUCUUCACCACUAACUCUGACGUCUGGUCAUUCGGGGUUGUACUGUGGGAGAUUGCCACUCUGGCAGAGCAGCCCUACCAGGGUCUGUCCAAUGAGCAGGUGCUCCGCUUUGUUAUGGAGGGAGGGCUGCUGGAGAAACCACAGAACUGUCCUGACAUGCUGUUCGAACUGAUGAGGAUGUGUUGGCAGUACAAUCCUAAGAUGCGUCCGUCCUUUGUGGAGAUCAUCAGCAGCAUAAAGGAUGAGCUGGACCCGUCUUUCAAAGAGGUUAGUUUCUUUUACAGCGCUGAUAACAAGCCAACCGACGAUCCGCAGGUCCACCUGGACAAAAUGGACAACAUUGAUGACGUUCCUCUGGACCCCCCUUCUUCCACACAACCACAGCAGUCCCCUGUACCCCAACAGACACCCCCCUCCCCAAGCUCAGAGGCUCCACCUGCCCCCUCGCUAAGUCCCAGCUCCCCAUCCUCUCCCUGUACGUCGACCGCUGCCAUGGACAAACAGGCCUCAGGCCAGCAGGCAGCCAACGGGCUGUCAGGUCCGAGCCUUGCAGCAGGGUCAGGGCUUGGGACAGGUGCAGGCGUCACGAUGCGGCCGUCUCUGGAGGAACUGCCGCCGUACGCGCACAUGAACGGAGGACGUAAAAACGAACGUGCCAUGCCUCUCCCACAGUCCUCUGCCUGCUGAUGGGACGGAGACACCCACCAGACUGCAAACCCUGCCACCUGCUGCUCUGCAGAACCUGAUGUCACAGUGGGUGGGAUCUCUCUCUCUCUCUCUCUCUCUCUCUCUCUC